AUGGACCAAGAAACUUCAAGUACUAAAGGGAAUUGGAAGUCUGUUUCCCAAAACGGUGACAAUAAGAAGGAUAAGAAAAUGAAGAAAAUGGCUGAUAUACGUUCUGGCAUCAAGCAGUGUGAAGAAAAGAACGAAAAAGACAGAAAGAAUCAGAUAAUUGCAAUUUCCUCCAGGAAGGGUAGAAAAAUUCCAGUAAGGAAGCCCGCAGAUGAAGAAGUGCCGGAAUGUUCUUCUACCACAAAUGAUGCCCAGUGUCUCCCAGAUGAAGACCCUUAA